AUGCCUCCCGGCGGCGGCGGGCCCAUGAAAGACUGCGAGUACAGUCAGAUCAGCACCCACAGCUCCUCCCCCAUGGAGUCGCCCCACAAGAAGAAGAAAAUCGCGGCCCGGAGGAAAUGGGAGGUUUUCCCGGGAAGAAACAAGUUUUUCUGCAACGGCAGGAUCAUGAUGGCCCGGCAGACGGGCGUCUUCUACCUGACUCUCAUCCUCAUCCUGGUCACUAGCGGACUCUUCUUCGCCUUCGACUGCCCGUAUCUAGCCGUGAAAAUCACCCCCGCCAUCCCUGUGGUUGGUGGCAUCCUCUUCUUCUUUGUGAUGGGGACCCUGCUUCGCACCAGCUUCAGUGACCCGGGAGUCCUUCCACGAGCCACGCCCGAUGAAGCUGCCGACCUGGAGAGACAAAUAGAUAUCGCAAACGGCACCAGUUCAGGGGGGUACCGCCCACCUCCCAGAACCAAAGAAGUCAUCAUCAAUGGCCAGACUGUGAAACUUAAAUAUUGUUUCACCUGCAAGAUUUUCCGGCCCCCUCGUGCCUCUCAUUGUAGCCUUUGCGAUAACUGCGUAGAACGGUUUGACCACCACUGUCCCUGGGUAGGCAACUGUGUGGGGAAAAGAAACUACAGAUUUUUUUAUAUGUUUAUUUUAUCUCUGUCUUUUCUGACAGUCUUUAUAUUUGCAUUCGUUAUCACCCACGUCAUUCUUCGUUCACAACAGACAGGAUUCCUAAACGCGCUUAAGGACAGUCCUGCAAGUGUGCUGGAGGCCGUGGUGUGCUUCUUCUCCGUCUGGUCUAUCGUCGGCCUCUCGGGUUUCCACACAUACCUGAUCAGCUCCAACCAGACGACGAAUGAAGAUAUUAAAGGAUCUUGGUCAAAUAAAAGAGGCAAAGAAAAUUACAAUCCCUACAGCUACGGGAAUAUCUUCACAAACUGCUGUGUUGCCCUGUGUGGGCCCAUCUCUCCAAGCCUAAUUGACAGAAGAGGGUACAUCCAGCCUGACACGCCGCAGCCAGCCGCACCCUCCAACGGGAUUGCCGCGUACGGGGCCACGCAGUCACAGAGCGACAUGGUAGGAGAGGUGAAUCGUCUGCCCAAGGGCACAGAGCCACGAAUUUGUGGAUCCAAAACCAGUCUGAUGGCUAAUGCCCGUGUUCACUUCGUAUAUUGCCUUCUUUACGUGAACAGGCACUAAAGACAAUGGUAUCCAUGUUCCAAAGUCGUUCUCAGCUAUCUGCGGGUGCACAACAAAUGUUCCGUAAGGACAAAGUUCCUGGGAGGAAUCCUGACCACAGCAUCCACUGAUAACUCCUGUGAUGUGUGUUCGUGUUUUCACACAUUGCAUAUAUAACCUCUCGUUCGUUCAGUAACUUUUCCUGAGCCCCUACUGUGUGUUGAGGACUCAACUCGGUGGUAGGGAUGCAAGGUCUGUGGAGUGCUGUCCCUCUGUCCUCGCGGAGGCUGCGGCCCAGGGACAGGACACACACAUAUACGUGAAGGAUGUAGUAGGAACCCUCACAAGAAGAUACCAGGCAUGGCAGUGGUCCUUAUCAAAGACAAUGAACGUACAUUAGGUUCACCCCGUGACUCCCAUGGUACUGAGGCCCCCAUGCUCCAAGCUUUCCCUAGAUUUAAAAAGUAAACAAGGCCCCCUUCAAGGUGUUGAUGCUAUUAAACCAUUUUAUGUUAAGAUGGGAUGAGGGCAUAACUUAUUAGUUCCACGAACAUCUAUUGAGCUAUAUGCCUCUAUGAUAGCCAGAGAGGGCGGGUUUAACGAAGGAGACGGAGGUCAUUUCGCUCCUUAUAGUUAAUCAGAGUCAUCAAACUGCUCUUGUGCCCUCUGGGGUCCAGUCCGUCUAGACCCACACCGUGACACCAAUUAAGGCCAUUCCCCCAAGGGCACUGGCCUGGCAGGAAUGGUUAGGGGAUGUGCCUUAAGCGCCAGUCAGACUGGGGGCUCGGGAAGAGCUCUGACCUGCAGCAAAGCCUCUUCAGGCCCAGCCCGGGGAACUGUGGCAUCUUGAGUCAUGAUGGGGGCACUGAGUGAGGACCCAUAGCCCCGGGUGACUUGCCGAGGCUGACUGCUCUUGGACCUCAUGCCCUGUCUGCCUUGCUCACCAAGUGGAAGUGGAAGACACCAUGUGCCACGGCUCCACAUCGCCACGAGCACACAUCAAGGGGAAGAGUUUCACUUAUUUCUUUGUCCAGGCAUACACAGAUCUUUCCAGAAGAACUUGUAGGACAAGGCACUGAAAGAGCCAGGGGAUGUAAAGGAAUGAUCAAGGAACCUUCCAGUACAGUAACACUCCAAUCGCCACAACCCUAAUGCUAUCUGCACCCUGUAAGUUCAGAUACAUGACAUUCUUCGUACACUUUCUGGACCAGUGGCUUCCCCUGACUUCCAUGGACUUCACAUCGCUGAGUUCCAUGGCCCACCUUCUCCCUCUCAGAGACAAAAUCUCAAAAUCCUGCCAAGUCUGCUCCAGAUUUGGUAAAUAGCACAGUCUUGGAGACAGGUCCGUGGGCCAGGGUGUUCCAGCAGUGGCUUAAAAAUAUGCAGAGACGUGUCUUCCACGUGGGGAGCACUUCAGAGUCAGGCACCAGGCUUUAAAGAGGCCUUCCUUCUUCUCCUCACCAAGAGGGGAUGGGGAUUAAUUGUGCACUUACUAGAUGAGUGCCCUUGACAAGUUGCUUAGCCUUUAUGCCUCAGUGUUUUCAUCCAUAAAAUGGGAACAUUAAUAUCCUUACCUUGUAGGGUUUCUAUGGGGAUUAAGUGAGUUAAUGCAUGUUUAGCACUUAAAACCUGCCUAAUACAAGGUAAGUAUUAUGUAAAUAUUAGCUAUAUUAUCCUCAUCAUCUUCCGAUAUCCAUGGUGACAAGAUCAACCAGGUCAAUUGCAUCCACUUUGAGCAACUGGACAAAAACGGACAUGACUUGGGUGAGGGAAAGAGCCUCGAUGGGAACCAGAGAGUGAGAGCUCCAGUCCUGGCUCCCAUCAGUUACCUGCCUGACUAUUAACAAGUCCCUGUGCCUCUGUGGUCCUCAGUUUUCCCCACCUGCAAAAUGGGAGCUGGGACUAAUAUUUCUCCAAAGCCCCAUCUAGCUCAAAGGUCUUUAUGAGUCUCUGAUCUUUGCAGCUUGACAGAUAGGUCAGAAGAGCAGAGAACAACUUCUCAGUCCCCAUACACAGGAGAGGGAGCCAGCUCUUCCUAAAAGAGAGUAAACACUGUGACCCUGGGUUCCUCCUACUCCUCCCACCCACCCUGACCCAGACCCAAGACCCUGCUGCAGUCUGGACUUCAUACCAAAACUUCCCCUUCUUAUUUGUCUCAUAUUUCUUGAAUGUCUGGGAUAAAUCCUACUUAGCCAUGAUGUAUAAUCCUUUUUAUAUAUUGCUGGAUUUGGUUUUCUGGUGUUUUGUUGAGGAUUUUUUGCAUCUAUAUUCCUAAAAGAUUUUGGUCUGCAGUUCCCUUUUCUUGUUUUAUCUGGUGUUGGGAUCAGGGUAAUAUUAGCUUUAUAGACUGAGUUGAGAAGUGUUCUUUCUCUUCUGUUUUUUGGAAGAAUUUAUGAAGAACUGGGAUUAAUUCUUUUUAAAAGAUCUGGUGGAAUUUCCCAAUGAAGCCAUCUGGUCCUGAGCUUUUCCUUGUGGCUCGUUUUUUUUUUUUUUAAUGAAUUCACUCACAACUUACUACAGGUCUAUUCAGGUUUUCUACUUCUUCUUGAGUCAGUUUCAACAGUACAUGUCUUUCUAGGAAUUUCUUUUACAAAGUUACCUAAUUUGUUGCCCUGUCUCUUUGGUCAUACAUCAGUAUUGUUUCAUUAUGGAAAUAGAUGAAAGGAGGCAAAGUUAAGGACCAGAAAAGGAAAAACAAACAGAAAAUGAGAGUAAUUUAUAGAAGUGAAGGGAGAGGGCAGCAGUAGCCCAGGACCGUGGUGAGAGGGAAGGAACACGGGUGGAGUGAGCCCUGAAGGGUGAAAUUGGAGUUUUGUGUUUCCCACGUGCUGUGAAAUACGUGUAACUCCCCCAGAGGAGAGAGCUGGGGGACUCUAGCAAAGUGACUUCCAGCAUGGACUGCAGGUCCUGCCCUGAGUAAUGUUAGGACCGGGAGAAAUACACAAGCAGUCUCCAGGAAUUGUCAAAAUAUGGAAAAAUGAGCUAAAAUUUUUCAAGACUGACCAUAAAUGAAUUCCUUGAGGCAAAUUAUAACAAGCCUUUCUUUUGGCUUGCUUCGUCUGCCUCUAACAGACACCCCAGCCAAAACCACCUCAAACUGAGCCAACACAUCAGGACCAACAGUGCCUGGCCAUAAGGGACCCCAAUCCCUGCAGGUUUCCUAGUGUCUGGUGCAGCAGGGGACACGGCACUUACCUUCUGCUCUUUAGGAAACACGCAUCAUCACUAAGAGCAAUUUGUCCACAAGCAAUCCAUGAUCUUCCUUUGUAUUUCUUUAUUUCAUUUAUUACAUAUAAUUAGAGCACAAGAUCAAUAAAAAACAUUCUUGUGUCCCAGUCCCCAAUUAGACAGAUGUGAAAACUGGCUUUAAAUCCUUUAAAGUUGAAUUUAAAUCACAAGGUGAUUUAAAAAAAAACACACACACAAGGUGAAUUUCAGGCAGUUCUAAAAGUGGAACCAAGUUUACUUAAUACAGAAUUAUACUAUGGUCACGUGGGUCUCUGCUGGAGUUUAUCAGUCUUUGCAAUCAGCAGAAUGUGGACAGUAUUGAUACUGUUAUUGCAAAGAUCAUCUCAUUUAAUCCGCACAACAACCUGCAAGUUAUUCCCAUUUUACAAAGCAUGAAACUGGGGCUUUAGAAUAAUGGCUGGCUUGCUCAGAGUCACACAGGUAGUGGUUCAAGGCCUGGUUGCUUUCCGCUAAUUCAACUUCAAAAGCCUUCAAAUUGGUGUCAGCUGAACCUCUUCAGAUCUGGCCUUAUAUCUGGCAGCUGAGCUUAGUACCAUCCGGCGGGUCUCAGCCCUGGAUAAACAUUAGGAUCACAACGCUGAUAUCCUGAGCCCAGUUAAGGGAGAAUCCCCAGGUGGUGGUCCAAGCAUUGCCGUUGUAAUGAUCUUGGAGGUGAUUUUAAUCAUCAGUCAGUAUUGAAAACCAUCACCAUAGCCUUCAAACUCUCUUGAAUUCUCCAAGUUUGGGGUUAAAGGAAUGGUUCUUGAGCUAUAUUUUGCUUUGACACAAAGAAAGUUUUUCUUGAAAAACCUUGGGUUAGUUGGGCUCAACUAAGACAUGAUCUGUUCAGAGAAUAUUCAUAUUCAGGUGUGUGGAGGAUUUCAACAGAAUAUGCUAGCAAACGAGAGGCUGGGCAGUUGUGGAACUCCAAACAGAAGUACUUGGGUUUCAGGCAAAGCUUUCUGGAGAAGAUGACAUCUGAGUCAAAUAUUAAGAGAUUAGUUACAAUGCAUUAGCCCCCCAGAGGGGGUAGGGGUGCUCCAAGCAGAGCACAGACACGGGCACAGGCAGAUGUGGGGUGGACCUGCAUGCCUCUGCAGGAGCAGGAGGACUGAGUGACCAGGCUGUGGGUUGCAAAGCAGGCGUUGGAGGGAGCUAAGGCAGGAGAGGAGCAUGUGAAGAGCCUUGGGUGCCUUAGAACCAGAGUGGGUUUCUUUCUUUUUUUUUUUAAUUUUAUGUUUUUUUAUUAUAUUAUUUUUUUAUUUUAAUGUUUUUUUAUUAUAUUAUAUUCAGAGUGGGUUUCUAUACGUGGCAGGGAGCCAUUGCAGAGACUAAGUUCAGUGAGCAAGACCAUCAGAUUUUCUUGGGGGUGAAUGGAGUCUGGGAGGUCAUGUGGGGUGCAGAGGGAGGCGUGUCAAUAUGGAGACGGGGAGAACAGAAGAAGGCCCUCACGGUAGGCCUAGCGGCAAUGGGGCUGGCCAGGACAGCUGAGGUGGGUUCAGAGAAGAGGCAGCAACAGUCUGGGACUUGGAGAUGCAGUCUCUGUGGAGGUCUGGGGACAAGGAGCCAGGGAUGCCCCCCGUUUUUCAGUGUGGUGACAGGGUGGUCAUAAAAGUCACCAAAGGAAACACAAGAGGUGGGGCAGGUUAGGGGGAAGCUGAUGGUGGCAUUUGGGUGUCCAUAGAUAGCUGGAGGUGGUGGGGAGGUGCCUGCCAGUAGCUGGGAUAGCUUACAGUUUACUUCCCUGUGCUUAUGAAGGAAUGAUGUGGCUUGUAGAAAUUCACUUUGAAAUAGAAGAGAUGUGAGUCAAUUUUAUUAGGUAUCCUAGAAAUAACAGCCAUCGGGCAUUUUUAAAAAACCAUGAGUUUCUCGUGUUUGCCAUCUAUUAACCUGAUUUUAUCUCUCGUGCUGGAAGACUAAUUUUUUUGAAAAUCAACAUUUAUUAUCUUUUCCUGACUUUCUCUCCACCCACCCCUGUCAACUCUACCCUCACCAAGUCAAAUCAAGUCUCUUGAUCAUAUUGGACACUAGUGAGGAUGGCAGAAUAAAGACAAAAGAUAAUGCAGGGAAAAGCUUUGCAAAUGGACAGAUUUCAGCAUUCAGUGCAGUGGGGAAAGGUAGAGCUCCAAGUGGCAUCACAGCCCCCGGUCUUGCAUUCACCAGUCCUGAUGCUGGGGGCUGGGAUAUCAUGGGCAAGUCCCUUAAUCCCAAGAGCCUCCAAUUCCUAAACUGUGAAGGGAAGAAGGGGAGAGUAGUGAUCAGCUUCCUGGAUGGUGGUUGGAACUGACUUGAGAUCCUGCCUGUCCAUCCUACCAUCCCCAGUGGAUAACAUGGCCUGGCACAUAAGAGGUGCUCAUUAGACAUUCGAUUGAGUGUUUGUGAACGUUCCCCUCUCAAGGCCUUGCUCAUGGGGAUUUUGCACAAAUAUUGGUUUGCUCCUAUCUUCAUUCUUCCAACCCAUUCCUUCCUCCCUCCAGUUUUGUCACAUCUGCAAAAGGCUCCACCAUGAAUAUGAAACUAGGAACCAGAGGGACAGAGUUCUCUUUGGUGCAGGGUCAGCCUUGGUAGAACCAAAUUAAUCCAUGGGCCGAAAGACCAGAGGUCAUGGCUAGUCUACCCAGUGGACACUGUAAGCAAAGUGCCUGUGUGUUUUUCCAGGGACUAUGAAAAUUUUUAAGACCUGAAAACAAUUUAGGAGCUCUAAAACAUGAAAACUACAAAAUCAAAAUUAAUACAUGUUUAAUGUCUACAAGACACAUGGCUAUGUCAACUUCAUUCAUUGUUAAUUUUAUUAAUUAAUUAAAUUUGGCAUUCAUGGAAAUUUUAUUACACUUGUAAGUGAUUUGUACGUUGGGUUUUUCUCACUUUAUGAGAAUUCCCAAGCAACAUAUGAUUACAUAGAAAUCACUACCAAUUCUAAAAAAAGUGAGUUGCCCAUAAAGAAAUCUGAAAGUGAACUAACUUGAAGCCCCACACUCUCCACCUCCGUGUGCUGCUUUUGUUAUGAGAAACCCAGGUUUUGACUGGGCUUUCAGCUGGGAGAACCCUUUCUGGUCUCAAGGCUCCCACCCACCACUGACAGUGCCCCCAAAUAGAUGAGAACAUCUUUGGGAGAGGCUGGAUAUGAACGCUCUGAUGGGGGAAAAGAUGAGAUGUGUUCUCUGUGGCCCCGCAGCUCAGAAUCAGGACAAGAAGGUGAACCCAGGAUGCAAAUCCUGCUGAGUCCAAGAAGGAGCUGCCCAACAGUCAGAAGCCCCCACCCCAGAGAUAUUUAAGACGAGAGAGUUAGCACCCCCGAUUUGGGGGUGGGGAUGGUUGUUUAGUGCCUAAGUGAUCUUCCCUCUACUACAAAUUCCCAAGGAAGAAAAUGUUAGAAAGGUAAUGAAGGGACAUCUAAAGCAUUAAAAUGGGAUGUGCAACUCCAGUAUAAACUUUGUCAUCUGAACGCCUGUGACAUUCUGAAGAGCCAUAUUGGAAUUACGUGCAAAUAACCCCAGUGCCAACUGAAGACCACAUUUUCGUUGUUCCUAUUUUCAUCAUCACUGGCUUGUAUUAUUACCUAACAUUGAAGUUCUUUCCAUGUAGGCACAGUCACGACAUCCAGCUAUGGCCCAGUUUUUAGCAUAUAUAUUUCAUUUGAUUGUCAAGUGAUUUAAGUACUAUAUAGCAUCUGGGUCAUCGUCUAUGCUUGUAUUUGACACCUGUAGCUAAAAGAUACUUUGGGACCACAUGCUAUACACCAAGCUGAUAUGGUAGUACUUAGUUGUUGGAAUUUUUUGUUUCUUUAGAAAAUCAUCCGUUAUAUUUUCUAAGCCUACUUUUUAAACCCUCCCUUAAUCCAAUAUCAAAAAAUACUAAACCUAUCAGUUACAUGAUUUAUUCAACUAAUAUUGCAGAAUUCUCCAUACAUCAUCUGAAAAAUCUGAAAUAGUAGAAAGAAGUUACGCAUGCUUAAAUGAUAAAGCUAAAUAACAGAAUAAAAAGGAAGCUUUCCUCCUAACCUACAUUUUAGGUAGAUUUUAGAAGUUUAUAGUGUUUCUAUAACGGUAACUGAGCACUCAUAAGACCCCCAGAACACAGCUUCACAGCCAAGCAGACAUAAAUGAUGCCUAAGGCUAAUACUUUUGACAAGAAUUGGAGCAGAAGCAAUAAAUAAUUUCACUCACCCUUCAUUUGUAUACAAGACCAUCUAAAAAAGUCCCAGCUUUGCUUUUAACAACAUUUAAUCUGUGUGCUAGGUUUAUUUCAAACAGGAAAUCAGCGAGAGUAAAAUAAAAUGUAUCCCAACAUAAGCAAUUCUAUUUGAAAAUCUGCAGAAACUAAAAGUAAAUUAUCUCUGCAUCGUUUUCAGAUUGUAGCAUUAAGUGAUAAUGUGUGUGACAUCCGAACAUCUGAAACCAUAAACUUCUUUGCAAGUUAAAUGGCAGUGCUUCAUUUGGGCAGGAAAUCAGCCAGCCGUCACGGUGACUGUUGAAGCCACAGCAAAUGCCCCAGCACUCUCACAGCAUUGUUUCAUGCUGCCAACUCGAGGGUCUUUUCAUAGACACUCUUACAAGCGAUGAGGUUUCUAUUCCAGUGGUCUUCUGCAUUUGGAUGAUUUUUUACUUUUAGAGUCGCAGUUUCAUAGAAUUCAACCUAAUAUUUGAUAAAAAGGAACAUUGGAAGCGUUGUUUUGGAAUGAUGGCAUGAGUCUCAGUUUCCCGUUUGUAGUGGAUGGCUGGUCACUGCCCAUAUCUAGGCACUUGGUAGGCUUUUCUUAAGAUGAUGUAAGUGGUUAGGUCAAUUAAAAGAUGCCUAAGGGCGUCUUGGUGUUCAUGCUGGAGCAUAAGCCCUGCCACCACGUUCGUCAGAGAAGAAAGUAAGCAGUGAUGUCGCCCCCUACUGGUUGAAGAGAGGAGUCCGCACGUGAAAAGCCAUGAAGUUGGCCAGUGGUGUGAGAAAGGCUGAGCUAGGAGAAGGGAGAGGUGGGAAGGAAGACGAGGAAGGGAAAAGAGGAAGAAGAAAGAAGAAAUGGGCAAAUAAGAAUCAGAAGCAGAGGCAAAAAUGAAGAGGUAUAAGAACAUCGUUUCAUGGAUCACCUCCACAGUGACCUUGAAAAUACCGGCCAAGUUCUCAGAUGGGAUUGCAGCCGUGAAGGUUUAUCAGUGCACCCUCCUGGGAAUUUUGCCAUUGUGCAAAAUGAGGGAACGCUCUGACCUUUUAAAAAAAAAAAAAAAUUAGCUGUCUCCCAAUCAUUGAGUCUUUCCUAAGAAGGAAUGUUCAAAACAUCCAAAGUUAAUAUAAGAAGUAUAGUCCCUGGUUGGAAUCCGAUACAGUCCAUCAUCCUGUGGAGCCAAUAGGAGAUUUUAUAUGGGCAAACUCCGGUAGAACAAAGCCGAGUCCCUGGGUACCCCCAGAUGGGGUUGGUCGUCUACAGGAAAAUCUGUUUGACUGUGGCAAAUUAUUUUCAAGGUUUGGGUGCAGCAGGAUUUAGACACUAAGGUUCAUGGUCCCAGUGAUUGUGCUCACUGACGUCACUGCCGCAAGUUAAACUGGUGGGAAGGGGUGCGGGGCAGAGAGUAGGUUAAUUACUACUAUGAAAGCAGUCCCUAUAAUGAAGGAAAUAUCCAUAACUAUACUCAGAAAGACAGUCAUCUUUUUAAAUGUUUAAAGAAAUCAAUGUAGGAGAGGUGCUUGAAGUCAGUUAACACAAGUCAGUGUUCAAAAUAGCCAUUUUGAAAAUAUUUCUGAGUGACUUACUUAGAUUUUUUUUUUUUUAUGAAAUGGUUCAGGGUCGAUUGUUUUUCAUGCAAUUAAGCCCUUAGGCUUUAUCCCUGUGAACUGAACACUGUUUUUAAUAGUCCUGGCUGGGAGGCUGAGCACAGAUUUGUUACUGUUUUAAUGAGUUGUCAGUUUGGUCACGGGAAGGCUCCGUAAUGUGUACAGGAGUGGGCACGGGUUUGGAGGGGACUUUCCUUUUAAGAAAAAGAAAACAAUAUGCCAGGAACCAGGACUCGGAGGGGCCCUGAUCUAAGCCUCAUGGCUUCAUUAUAAACCCACCUCCGGGUACGUGUGGUCUUGUUAGAGUCUGUAAUAUCAAGCCUUGCAAGGCACAUCCAGCUCCACCUUGAGCUCCUGGUGAACACAGGCUCUAAGGAACCAACAGACCACUUCAUCCCAGGAGAAUCUGGUGGGCUCUGCAGUGGGCAUGGCUGGAGGGGAGUGAUCAGGGAAAAGGAGCUGGGCAGUGAGCUGGGGACAGGGCUAGGGGCAGGGUGGCACCUCUCCGCUCAUGCUGGUGCCCCUGACCUUGAAAAUCUCCAGCUCUGCCCUCUCACAUAAUCUGUGAGUCCGUAAGAGUCAGUCUUGCACCAAUCCCUAAAAUAGAAUUUGCCCAUUAGUUUUCAAUAAAAAUGUCUUCCUGCAGGCUAACAGAGACAAGCAAAUCUGAUUUGCAAUUUUAUCUUUCUCUAGAGCAGAGGGCGUUGGGUAGACAGAAGGUUUGAGGCAUAGGGAGGGCUCCAGAAGGGAGGAUUGAGAACAGGAUCCCGGCAUCCAGGAGAGGGCCUGCUCGCUGCAGCACGGCUCAGCCCUGGGGUCGCUAGCCGGCAUGCUCCUAGGCUGUACCGAGCCGUGGAAGUGGAGGCUGUGAGGGAGCUCAGCUGUCUCGGUCAGUAAGGAGACCAAAUGGCGAUUUUCACAAAAUGUUCUUUGCAAAGCACAAUAUAUCCAAAGCCCUGAGAUAGUUUCCGGAAGAUGAAUGUUUAAUCAGGAAGGUUUCUCUUCUCUGCCUCUGCCCUGUCAAGACUGAGCUGCUGUGCUGGACCAAAAUGACCAUACCGGAAAGCUUGAGCCUGCCCGCAGCCCCCCCCCACCCCCCGCUGCACAGCACCUCCCACCGGAAAGCCCCCUUCCCCUCCCCAGAGCUGGGACCCCCUGCCAGACUGGACCAUGGGAAACUACUGCGGUGGCAAAAACCACGGAGUGCUGAUUAGGAAAACAAGUAGAAGGGAUUCCAGCCCUUGCCCCAGGCUCUGGUGUUUCUGAGCUCCCUGGACUGGGAAGAAGACUGAGGGGAAAAUGAGGGUCUCCCCUGAGAAUUCCUUUCCUUCAGUAAAGAGCUCUACUCUGGCCUGGAAUCGGGUCUUCCGCCAUCAGAAGCCUGUGAAUUCAUAGAGACUGCAGCUCUCCCUCCUCCUCUGCCCUCCCUGGGCUGGGGGCAGGGGCUGGCCUGCCACUUGUGAUUGUAGAAAGAAGCCCAUCUGGUUAAAGGACACACACACUGGAGCAAAUGAAGGAAAAGCCGAGAUGUCCAUUGACAGAUGAACGGAUAAAGAAAACGUGGUGUGUGUGUGUGUGUGUAUAUAUAUAUACAUAUAUGUACGGGUAUACAUGUAUUAUAUAUAUGUGUAUACACACAC